AAUGACGUGGACAAGUUAUCUCCAGAAGCACCAGAAACUGAUCUUCAACCGAAGAAUUUCUACCUCAUUGCUCUAUGGCGACAUGUAGAUACGACAUUAAUUGACACCAAUUUCACUGAGCACCAACGCCUCGGCCAAAGCCACAUUCGAGUUGUUUACGCCCACGCGCCAAGGGCUCAUCAUCAAUCUCCCUCGGGUAACAAUUUAGCUCAAAUGUUGGCCUCCAUUCCUUCAUUACUUCCCCUAUCUUCAAUUCUUCGACUGCGGCUUCAUCAUCCACCCCAAAUUGUGCAUAAAUUUUCCCAUGAUUUUGAAUACGAACUGAUUCCUGGCUUGAGUUCUUGCAGUAAAACAUCCUCAAUGGCUAUAAUCCCAGUUACCGUUGAAAUUUACAAUGCUAGCUCCUGUCCAGUUACUGCGCGGUUAUUAACUAACGAAGACACCGGAAAAAAUCAACUCGCAUCUCAACCUGUAGAAUAUCAUAAAAGCGCUACAUCUCUACCACCACGUGUACUGUGGGCAGGUGCCUCAGUUAGACAGAUCCCCUUAGAGCCAGGACAAACUCACAAAUUGGUUAUGAACGCCCGUGUUGCUUGCCCAGGUGUCUAUGAAGUGAACUCCCUUUGCCUCAAGGCCUCUACUCAAACAAAUGGAUCUGAUCUACCCUCGCGUCCACAUAGCAACGAUAGUGGUAUUGGAAAUGGAGAAUCAAGCGAACAUGGAGCUAUUACUAAGAGCGGAACUUCAUCGACUUCGGUUCCAUUUGUCCGACAGUUGUGUGAUUUUUCUUCCUUAGUUGUUGUCAUGGAUGCAACUUAA